AUGACGUUUUGGUACCUUGAAUCUACAGUGGAUGCAACAACUGCUAUGCAAUCGAUCCUUGGCAACUCCGUUGCCUACGGAGCUGGCGGCAAGAACAGAUCACUGAACCUACCGGGUACUGUUCCUGCUAGUUAUGCAGUAUCAAUCUAUCUCCGUGUGCGCUCUAUGGCCGAGGAUGGUCAAAAGAAGCAACCAACAACUGUAACAAAAGCGUCCAAGAAUCCAGAGCCAACUGCAGCUCCUCCACCUUCACCUUCUCCCCGUUCUCCCAAGCUUUCAGACGUGUUUGCAUUCAGCGGACCGGCACCUGAAAGAAUCAACGGCAGGCUGGCAAUGGUGGGCUUCGUUGUGGCUCUGGCUGUCGAACUAUCAAAGGGGCAAGAUGUGUUUGCUCAGAUAUCCAGUGGCCCCGGAGUACCAUUGUUCAUCGGCACUAGUGUUUUGCUAUCAGUGGCCUCCCUGGUUCCUCUACUGAAAGGAGUGGCCGUGGAGUCCAAAUCCGAUGGGAUCAUGAACUCAGAUGCAGAGCUCUGGAAUGGAAGGUUGGCCAUGUUGGAUCUGGUGGCUUUGGCCUUCACCGAGUACGUGACUGGCAGUACCUUAGUGUAGAUCCUCUCAUUGCUCAUUACAUUUCACAUGCUAUUUGACUAUUUGCUCGAUAGCUGAUAGCCACCCUGUAUUUCAUAUGUUAAUGGACAUAAAUAAAAAGAGUUUCAACUAUACGGUAUCCGGGUUU